UCGAAAGAGCUUCGCAAAGGUCGUUCAUACACUGUCCAAAGUAUCAUGCGUGCUGGUACUGACGGAUACAGAGCUCCGGAAACCUAUAACGACGACGUGAUUUCCAAAAAAUCCGACAUCUAUUCGAUGGGUCUCGUGAUAUACGCGGUAUGGAGUAAUGGAAAACAUCCAUUCGGUGAAGAUCCAGAUGCAUGGAACUUGUAUAUCAAGAAAAACCAAAAUCGUGACCUCGACCAUCUACUCCUCAGCGACCGAAUCAGAGCGAUAAAUUUUCUCGACAAGAUGUUGCAAUUUGAGCUGAAAAAACGCCCAACGGCUGACAAACUUCUGGCUAAUGAAUUGUUUCGAAGAUCAGCGAAAGGAGCAACAAAAGUCUUCAACGCAAACAAUGACAAUGUAAUUAUCUUGUCUUCCUGGGACGAAGUCAGCUUUUACAAACCAGCAACAAAGGAAUGGCAUGAAUGGAAGGUAAGAUAAAGGAAUAAGAUUAAUGCAACUGAAUUAUCGCAAAAUAUUCUUGAAUUAUUUUCUUUCUAGAAAAUAUCCUGGCUCUGCGACGGCGGCUAUUCUAUUGUUGCAAUGAAUGAUUAUCUCUAUGUACUAAUGAAAUAUGGUGAAGUCUAUUGUACAAAAUACGCUGAUCUCGUACUGGUAUGGGAAAGAUUAUCGGAUAUGAUAUGCGAACACGGAACUUGGCCACCCGCUGUUGCAAUGAAUGGAUGCAUCUACGUGUGUGGUGGUCGGGAAUCGAACAGUAGCUCAGUCGAAAGAUACGAUCCAACGAAUAUCGAAUGGCAAGAGUUGGAAAGCAUGAAAAUAGGAAGAAAUGAACUCACAGUUGUUUCAGCCAAAGGACGUUUGUAUUGUUUCGGUGGAUAUGAUGAAACCGAUCAAAACUUCGAAAGUGGCGAAGUGUUCGAUCCUGAAAGUUCAAAAUGGGAGUUCACUGCACCGAUGCCUGUAGGAACGGGAGAUGCAUCUGCCGCACAGUCAAACGAUUUCAUAUACAUCGCAGGUGGUCGAGUACUUCUUUGCUAUGAUAUAAACAACAAUUCUUGGCAGCAAAUAUCUUUGCAAAUUCAAUUACCGGAUUCUGGUUGGAGAUUCAGCCAAGUUGUUGCUCUCAACAAUGAAAUAUAUUUUACUAUAAAAAUGGUAGAAACAUAUGCCUUGUACAAAUUUGAUCCGAAAACAAAUCAGGCUGAACACGUUGAAACAGAUGAAAGAUUCCGGUGUGACUCAAUCGCCGUUGGACAUAUGUAA